CUUGGCAAGUGGUCAAUCCCUUCUUAUAGACUAUCGGUGACCGGCAAACUCGCUGGGAAAAAGAAUCUGACAUUUUUUCGGCAACCAUAACCUUUACGAGGAGAAAUAAAAGAACGCAAGUGGCUUUUUCGUAAUUAAAUACCAUGUUCAUGGGUAAAAACUGUACACGUGUCCCGUGAGCUCUUCUUAGAUCCUCUGCGUUUUGAACCCGAUGCUUCGUGUUCUGUUCAAACUUUCAAAACCACCAUAUUCAAUUAUUUAAGAGGAAAAAAACAAGAGAUGUAUUGUAUGGUACGACCAAGAGUUGUCUGGUUUGAAGUCGGAAUUUUAAAAAGUUGGAACAAAUUAAAAUUAAAAAAAUCUCGUUAAGAAGAACAUCUUCCCCACUCUCUCCCUUGUUGUUCUUCCUCUUCUUCUUCAACUCAAGGACUUCUCUUUUGAAUCAAUGUUUAAAAAAAAAACCGCUUGGGUCCUUGUCCUUUGUUCUCUAGUGCCUUCUAUUAUCCUCAUUGGUGGAGCUCUCUCAAGGUCCCCGUAGUGUGAUCUGUUCCAGAUCUGAUUGAUCCGAUUCUUUCUUCAUUUUCUUUUUCUAUUUGGAGAUUUUUUUUUUGGUUGUUGUGCAAGUUCGGACACGAGACCAAGAAAGCUUCAAUCUCAGGUUUCCAAAUAUGUUGACCCACGACAGAGACGAAGAACUCUCUCUGUUUCUUGAGAUGCGUCGUCGUGAGAAAGAACACAGAGCUGAUUCUUGUUUAACAGGAUCUGAUAAUGCUAGUAUCAAUGGAACGUUGAAGGCUGCUGCGGCUGCGGCGCUCUCUGGUGUCUCGGAAAUGGCUUCGUCUCAACGUUAUCCUCUCCGGAGAACCGCCGCAGAGAACUUCCUCUAUUCGGAGAAUGAGAAGUCCGAUUACGAUUGGCUUCUAACUCCGCCAGGCACGCCACAGUUCGAGAAAGAGCCACAUAGAAGCGUAAUGAAUCAGCUUGAUGCUCCCACUUCUCGCCCCACUGUUCUUAAAUCUCGGUUAGGGAACUGCCGUGAAGAGAUCGUCUCAGUGAACAAGAAUAAGUCCCAAACGAGCUCUUCCUCGGUAGCUGGACUCAGAAGACCAUCCUCCUCAGGUAGCUCAAGGUCAGCGAGUAGACCUUCCACACCAACGAGAAGGUCUACAACUCCAACCACCUCUACAACAAGGCCAGUGACCACCAGAGCUUCAACCUCUAGAUCCUCAACACCCACCUCACGUGCCACCUUAACUGCUGCACGUGCUACUAACUCAACGGCAGCUCCACGAACCACUAGCACGUCUACCAGUUCAGCGAGAUCAGCUACUCCAACCCGAUCUAAUACUCGACCAUCUUCUGCACCUUCUAAAAAACCAGUAUCAAGGCCAGCCACGCCAACCCGUAGGCCUUCAACCCCCACUGGUCCAUCCAUAGUUUCCAGUAAGGCUACGUCCCGAGGGACUUCUCCUUCUCCUGCUGUGAAGUCUUCCAGGCCAUGGAAACCGCCGGAGAUGCCUGGUUUCUCUUUAGAAGCCCCACCCAAUCUGAGGACGACUUUAUCAGACAGGCCGGUCUCAGCUUCAAGAGGCAGACCUGGAGUAGCCUCAGCACCAGGUUCAAGAUCUGGUUCUAUAGAACGCGGAGGUGGUCCCACCAGUGGCAGCGUCGGACAUGCAAGAAGGCAAUCAUGCUCACCGUCCAGAGGUCGGGCUCCUAUUGGCAACACCAAUGGAAGUGUCACGGGCGUUCGUGGACGAGCAAAGGCAAACAAUGUCGGAAGUAGCUGCGAUAGCUUGAGCCCAGUGGCUAUGGGUAAUAAAAUGGUUGAGAGAGUGGUGAACAUGAGGAAACUAGGUCCUCCGCGGCUAACUGAUAGCGGCGGUCGAGGAACCGGGAAAUCUAGCUCUGCUUUUAACAGCCUUGGAUAUGGGAGAAACCUCUCCAAGAGCUCAAUCGAUAUGGCCUUAAGACAUAUGGAUAUAAGACGAGGCAUGACGGGAAAUCUCCGGCCACUUGUGACGAAAGUUCCGGCAUCAUCAAUGUACAGUGUGAGAAGUCGGCCGGCUAGUGUCUCAAGCUCUCCGGUAGCCACAAGCAGCACCGUGAGCUCAUCAGAACCGAGUGUUGACAACAUCAACAUUCUAUGCUUAGACGGGAACGAAGCCGAAAACGAUGAUCUUCUCAGCGAGAGAAGCUAUGCUUCCCCGCGAAACCAGUUCCCCAAAUUCACAUCUUGACCCAUAUGACAUUAUAUAUCCUGUGUUCUUGUUUUUGUUUCAACACUUGGAAACUAUGUGUUUCUAAGUGAUCCGUUAAAAUCUGUGAACUUAGGCAUCAAAUGUCUUUUUCCUUCAUAAAUGUUUUCAGAAAGAAACUGCCAAA